AUGAAUUUUGAAUUUGAGAGGGAGAUUGGGUUUAUAAACAGCCAGCCGUCGCUCGCCGAGUGUCUGACUUCCUUCCCCGCUGUCUUGGAGACAUUUCAAACUUCAUCAAUCAAGGAGUCGACAUUAAUUCCUCCUCCUCCUCCUUUCGAGCAAACCUUCCCCAGCCUCCAGUCCGGCGCCUCCACCCUUCAGAGACCCAGGAGCCAAAAGCGAGCCGAAGAUGGGCCUGCUCUGCCGCCGCCACCGCUGCCGCUCCCCACUGCCCCCCCAGCUCCCGAGUUCCCUUGGAUGAAAGAGAAGAAAUCCGCCAAGAAACCCAGCCAAUUCGCCACGUCUCCUUCCCCGGCCGCCUCCGCGGUCCCGGCCUCCCGGGUCGGAUCGCCUGCAGAUGGCCUGGGACUGCCAGAGGCUGGUGGCGGCGGGGCGCGCAGGCUGCGCACGGCUUACACCAAUACUCAGCUGCUGGAACUGGAGAAGGAAUUUCACUUUAAUAAGUACCUGUGCCGGCCACGCCGCGUCGAAAUCGCGGCCUUGCUGGACCUCACCGAAAGGCAGGUUAAAGUCUGGUUCCAGAACCGGCGCAUGAAGCACAAGCGGCAGACGCAGCACCGAGAGCCGCCCGAUGGGGAGCCUGCCUGUCCCGGCGCCCUAGAGGACACUGGCGACCCUGCUGAGGAGCCCGCGGUCAGCCCGGGCGGCCCCUCCGCCUCGCGGACGGCUCGGGAAGCCUGUCCUCACCCGCCGGAGGUGGUGCCGGGGACCCUGAGCGCCGCGGACCCCCGGCCUUUAGCCGCUCGCUUAGAGGGCACGGGCGCGCCGAGCCCCGGCUGCGUGCUGCGCGGGUCGGGCGGCCAGGAGCCGGGGCCAUUGCCAGAAGACGUCUUCACACAGCGCCAGGAUUCGCCUUUCCUUCCCGACCUCAACUUCUUCGCGGCCGACUCCUGUCUCCAGCUGUCCGGAGGCCUCUCCCCUAGCCUACAGGGUUCUCUCGACAGCCCGGUCCCCUUUACAGAGGAAGAUCUGGACUUCUUCACCAGCACGCUCUGUGCCAUCGACCUGCAGUUUCCCUAACCGGUUUCCUCCUCCCGGCCCUUUCGACCCCCGCGCUCCUUGGCAGUCUGGAAAAAUUGAGCCUCUCCCACCCCCAGUCGCAUAGACUUUUGUGUUUUGUUAAAAUUCAGGUAUUACUGAAUUAGCGUUUAAUCCACUCCCCUUCUUCUUCUAAAAUAUUGGGCGCUCGGGCAUCUUUUAAAAUUCAAACAAAAAUUCCGUUUGGUAGACUCCUUCCAAUGAAAUCUCAGGAAUAAUUAAACUCUAGGGGGACUUUCUUAAAAAUAACUAGAGGAACCUAUUUUCCUCUUUUUAUGUUUUAGACUGUAGAUUAUUUAUUAAAAUUCUUUAAUAAUAGGAAAAGGGGAAAGUAUUUAUUGUACAUUAUUUUCAUAGAUUAAAUAAAUGUCUUUAUAAUAC